GUCGUAUUGUUUACGUUGUUUAGAGAUAGAAGAAAUAUAAAAGAGAUAUUAUACAUAAUUGAAUAUAAUUAAUCAAAACGAAUCUUUGUACAAGCUAUUCUGCAUAAUAUUCUCUACACAGAACUUAUAAGAAAAUGGUUUGCUCAAUUUGUGGGAAAUUAUUGAAUAGUGAUGAUAGUGAUGAUUGCAUUACUACAUUUUUGGAUGAGCUCAAAUUACAUUACAAUGCCAUUAAAAAAAAAUUGCAGGAAAAAGACUUCGAAAUACAGAGACUUAACGAACUCAUUGAAAAUGUAAAUAAAGAAAAAUGCUUUGAAAAUGUUAACAAGAAAGCUAGGCCGUCGUUUGAAAGUUUGAAGCAGGAUUCAGAAGCUGAUGCGAGUAACGAUAUGAGCCUGUCUGAAGAAGAGUCAGUAAACUGCGCCAAUUUAAAUGUAGCAUUGAAUAGCGAGCAACUUUUUGAAAACUCAUUAUUGAGUCCAACACAAUCCGAAGUUAUUAGUACUCGGACCAAAUUAAUAUCCAAAUAUAAUGAGGAAAAUGAAUCUCGACGCUGUUUGAAAGAUAAAAACACAAAAGUCCCCAGCAGGCAGAAUCACGUUUGGUACAGCAAAGCGCAAUCUAGUUUCACUGGGAAAUCGUGGGCCAGCAAAUUUGUAAACCCACCAAAGACAUCUCCAAGAAAAUUAAACUUGAAGGAAGCAAUUGCGCAAAAGGGAGCAGUAGGAAAGUUAUCACUGAGCCACAGAAAGAUAAAGCCAAAUUCGUCCAAACUUAAACAAACCACAAUUGAAUCUCUCAACGUUAAGAAAAAAAAGUCUGCUCAGGAUGUAAAUGAUGCGUGCGCUGCCGUAUACAAAUCGCCAAAGAUAAUGCCUUGCCCCUAUGGAAGGGAAGGUCAGCACGUUAUCAACAUCAAUAGCCACAACGAUCAUAAUAAGUCAAAAAAUAUGUCGUAUGCUGUAGAUUCGCCAAUAAAAGAAAUCGUAUUUGAUUUUUCGCCCACUAAAAAAGCAGAUCAUCCCGUCAAUAGUUCAAAUUUAUCUAAAAAAUCAAUCUCCAAACAAUUGCAAUUCACUCCAGAUUGUAAUGAAAAGUCCACUGAGAGUGGUGCUUCAUCUAACGUGCCUUCGCUGUUUGCCAGCAAUAAACCUGACGAUACCUGCAGUGUUAUUAUGUUAACACCUGCUAUGCAAGACGUAAUAUUUAUUGAUGAUGAGAGUACUGAUCUCGCAGCUGAUAUCAAUACUUUGGGCUUAUUACCAGAUCUUUCACAAAACAUUACAAAUUGCUUAACACCUUUAAGAGAAUGUGAAAAUAGGAACACACAAAAGUGUCAAAAUCGGGAAAAGGCAACUGUUAUGCCUAUAAAGAAGGAAGUUAUGAAAUUUCGUCAAGAUAAACAAAUUUUCAGCGAAGAAGCAAAUGUUCCAACAAAUCCUAUAUAUUAUGAUGACGAAGAUGAGGAUGAUGAUUUUAUGCCUAGACCGAUAAUGAUUAAAAAGGAACCAGAUGAGGAUUUAAGCUAUAAAAAGUCCGGUUUAAAGGAACUUAACGGUGUCGAUUGUAAGACCUGUAAACAAUAUUUAAGGGCCUGCGGCGAUCGUUUAACUAAUCAAGAAAUUAAAAAGUAUUUAAGUAAAUGUUCAAUACAUAAUCAACCAGUUGUAACUCACAAUACGCCUGAAGAUUUUUGGAAUCCCCACAUAAUAUCGUUUAAGGAAAAUGAUCCGCGAAAUGAAAUUUUAAUUGAUACACGUUUUAAAGACAAGAAACGCCCAUUUUAAUUCGCUUUUGUAACAAUUGAGAAAUUAAAUUUUGUAUGAAAUUAAAGCUUGAGUUUUAUUUAUUUAAGCAAAGAAAAAAAGU